AUGCAAAAUCCUAUACCCGUCUUCACUGGAAUCCAAAUAGUCAGUUUGAUGGGCUGCGAAAACAGGAGGUUGGCUGCCAUUCUCGCCUUUGGAUCUCAUUCUGGAUCGCCUUCAAACGAGCCUCCAAUCACUGCGACAACCAAAGUUUCAGACAACAGCAGAUUUCCACUAUCUGAUGCGGUUGCUAUGCUAAAUUUUGUGCAGAUUACUCAGGCCCGCUUUCAGAUACAGGCUCCUCAAAGAGGGGGGAGAUGA